AUGGUGUUCCGCAUAAAUAAGAACGCCCAGCACAACAGUGCGACAUCGGCCCCCAAGGACAGGCACGCCAAUAAGGGGGGAAAGGCGUGCAAAGAGAAAGACGCUCAUAAGGAGGAUCAUAAGGAUAUCCACCAGUGGUACAUUCAAAACAACAUCGAGCAGAAAAAAAAAAAAAACGAAGAAAUUGAAAGGGACAAAAAUGCUUACUUCGAGGAUACGGAGGUGGAGAAAAAUGUAGAGGAGUACAUAAGUGUGGUGUGCAGAAUAAAAAAUGAUAUAAGUGAGAAGGAAAAAGGAGAAGAGACACAAAGCAACCAUGUGGAUGUUAUAAAAAAGGUAGCUAAAAACAAGCUUGUUAUUGAUACAUGUCCAAUGGGAAACAAAAACAAUGGACUCAAUUUAGAGUAUACAUAUGAUCGAGUAUACGAUAUUGAAAACAGCAACCAAAUGAUCUUUAAUGAUUAUAUUAAGCAUAAUAUAAAAAAUAUAUUUCAGGGCAUUAAUUGUAGCAUCAUGGCAUAUGGUCAAACAAACAGUGGGAAGACGUACACCAUGCUAGGAAAUUUCGAGUACUUAAAUAAUUUGUUUCAUCUGUGUAAAGAAAACCAGACCAGCAAAAUGGGCCCUACAGUUGAUAAUAGCAUUGCUAUCACUUAUGAAGAACUGACCAAUUGUAUAUCCAAUGAGCCUAACCAUGUGGGGCUCAUUCCUCACUGUAUAAAUUAUAUUUUCAAUUAUAUAAGCUAUCACAAAAGCGAAAAGGAGCCACCGAAUGGGAGGAAAGAAUUUGUAGUGACCAUGUCCAUUCUUGAAAUUUAUAAUGAAAUCAUUUAUGACUUGAUUAGUGGAGAGAGUAACCUCUCUGUGCAUAUGAUCGAUUCAAACAAAAAUGAAUUUGUUAUUAAAAAUUUGAGGGAAGUUGAAAUAGAAAAUGUUAUUAAUGCUCUUCAUUAUUUGGAAGAAGGAGUUAAUAACAGGAAAAUCGCUUUUACACAUAUGAACAAAACUUCCUCCAGAUCUCACCUUAUUUUUAUUAUAAAAAUUAAUAGGUAUAUUCAUGCUACCAAUACGGUCAGGUGUGGAAAGUUGUGUCUUGUGGAUUUGGCUGGAAGUGAACGACUUAAACAAACAAAGGCCACUGGCUCCGUCAAAAUAGAAACCACCAUGAUUAACAAAAGCUUAACUGUCCUUAGCAAAGUUAUAAACGCCUUGGCUGUCAUGCAGAUUAAGGAGAAAAUGGACAAGACGGCGAAGGAGAAGCCGCCUGAUCAGGUUUUUCCCCUGGCCGAAGACUCCACUGCAGCAAAUGCAGAUGAUACACCAGCUGGUGAAGAGUUUGUGGAGAAGGAAGAGCACACAGACGCCCACAAAGCGAGCGUGCACAACCAGGCGAAGAAGGCCAAGUUGCAAGGCGGACCCAUGGCGGGACCCACCCCCAGCAUGCACAUCCCCUACCGAGAUUCCAAACUCACAAGAGUGCUCUCCGACAGCCUGGGCAACAACUGCAAGAGUAUCCUUAUCUGCACCUUGUCCUCAAAGCUGCACUACCUGAACGAAACAGCCUCCACCAUCAAAUUCGCGCAGAGGGCUAAAAUGGUGAAAGCCAAGCCAGUAGUGCGUGAAGAAAAAAUGGAAACAAAAUGUGAUAAAGAGAAUGACCAUAGUAAACAGGAAGGAAGCGAGAAUGAGAAUAAUGUUAAGGAGAAACCGGCGGACAUUUUCCUCAAUUUUAAUCAAAACCAUAUUACCAAGGAUAUCAUUUUCUUCUCCUUUAGUCUCUGCAUUUUUAGCUACAUUUGUGGCUUCAAAAGCACUGGCAAGGUCAAGUACCUAGACUUUUUCAUCGAGUCCUACAAGAACAAAAUUGAUAUAAUAAAAGACCAACUGAACAAAGAGGGAACCGACACCAACGACGUUAAUGAGUGUAUACUAAAGACAUUCGAUGAGCUCAAACUUCUAACCGAGGAGGAAAAGGAAAGGUACUUGAAGACCCAACAGGAGAAGCUACAAAGUAAUAAGGUACAGGAACAGUCAGGUGCGGGCAAAAGGCAUAACCACCUGCACAAACUGUUAGGAAAUAAAUUGUUUGGCGAAGGGGACAAGAGCGGUCCGAAUGGGCAAAUUGCACCCGACGUCCCUCACCUAAGCGUGAUCAAAGAUGGAUCUCACCUGGAAGAAGAAGAAGACGCACUAAUAGGAGACAUACUAAUAAAAAUGAAAAAUGAUAUUUGUAACAUACUGAAAUUUAACUUAACUAGUUUGAAAAGCAACCUAAAGGAGGACGCGCAAAUGUUCGACGAGAUGCUUAACAUUGUGAACACCGUGAAGGAAAACAACAACAUUUUUCUAAUGAAUGAAUUGAACCAGCUCGGCAAGGCAGAUGCUAUGGGAAGUCAAACGGAAGGGAAGAGCCAAGUGGAAGAGAGUGAAGGGAAUCAUUCGAUUUACAAAGACACAAAUCACUCCACACAUGAUCCUGCCAACCAUGGAAGGGGAAAGGCAAAUGCAAAAGGGGCAACUGGAAAGGAUAAACUGUCCAUUGCUGAUAGGAAGGCAGAUCACAAAGGGGGAAGGAAAUGGAUAAGGUGGAAAGGAGAUCACGUAGAAAAAGAUGAGCAUGCACAACACCAAGUGGAAGUAUACCAACCUGAGUACUUUGCUAGAAACAUCCUAAGUGUAAAGAAUAUACAAAACAUCUUCGAAUAUGUGAAUAAUAAUUAUACAAAAUUUAUUAGCGAUUUUACUACAGACAAAAGUACCGUUUUUACAAAUUUCGAUUUGAAGGAAAAUAUGGACAGACAAAUCAUUGAGAAAAAUAACACCAUAUAUAAUUUUAUCCACUCCGCUACCAUGUUUCAACAUAGCGGAACUUUGAAGGACCUCAACAGCAACUACUUCUUUAACAAAAUACAAACGGAGCUGUUUAAUAAUUAUGGCCACCAUCAUAAUGCGAACUUCAGGUGCAUACACAGCAUGUUAGAGGGGAGCGUCCACAGGGAGGACGCCGUGCAGAAUGCCACAGGGGCGGACAACGACAAACGCGCCCAUGCUCAUGCACCCCCCAAGCAGAACAAGUACUUCUCCAUUAAGGACAUCCAGCCAGCGGACCCCUCAGACAUUCUCCACAUCACCAGCGGGAUCAAUCAAAGCGUAAAAUUUACCAGCAUCAAAGGAGAAGGGGAGGGACAAAUGGUAGAAAAAUCGGUGAACUUCGCCGACAAGGAGGAUACUGAAAAUCGUAGUGAAUUGCCAACAGGUGGGGUGACCCCAAAGCAAAACAAACAAAAAGAACCCAGCCCACGCAACACUAUUCGUGUGUCGCAAAACGGACUUAACAUGAAUGAGUUGGCGAAUUUGAUAGAAAAUGAAGACUUUAAAAAAUUGUACGAAUAUAUCACAGACAAGGGUAAUAACAAUGAGGGGGUUCAUUUUAAAGAUGGCGACGAGUGUUCCCAUGCAGCCUUCAAAGAACUCGAGACUCGCAUCAAUCAUGAAAUACAAAAAAUAAAUGACUACGUGACGGUGGAUAUAUCCCCUGUGAGUGGAGGGGGCACGAAGACCAAGCGUGGCAGCAAGGCAAGUGGGAAGAAAAAUAAAAGCGCGAGCGUAGAACAUAUGCGUUCCUCUAAGGGAAAAGGAAACAAAGAAGAGUCCAACACAAUCAAUAAUGAUAAUAAUGAAUGCAAUACGGGUCAGCGAGUUAGGGAAGACGACGCAACUCCCCAAAUUGGAGACAGCGGCCAAAAUGUUACCGACACAAAAACAACAAACAAUUUUAAUAACACACACAUUUCAUAUUUGGAAAAAAAAAGAACCACCAAUGUGUUCUUCCAAAAAAUUAUCAACAUGAUUAGAAACAUAUUUCAAAAAAAAGAAUCCUCAAAAGACCCGAUCGAAAUUAACACAUCUGACCUUAUCGACAAUGAGCUCCUCUACAACAAAAAGCUACUAGAAAAAAAUUUAGAUUCGUAUAACAUUCGAAAUUUUCAAAUAAAUAAUAAAAAAAUUUACCUCCUGAACGAGUCGGAGUAUGUACAUCUCAGGGAGUUAAUAAAUUACAAAAACAAAAUGCUUUCUUUUUUAAAUUACGAAUAUAGGAAGUUUAAAAUGUCUUUGUCGUGA